GCACUGCUGGUUUCACAUCAAAUACCUGCCUCUACUGUACUCCUACGUUUCACCCCUUCCCUUCCCCUCAACUACCCCAAUCUCCAUUAACUCUUUCUUUCUGUAAAUCUUUCCACCAUAAACCUCUCCGGCCUCACCUUUCCUACUUCUUUCAACAUAAAUUUGAAUUCAUAAUGCCUUUCCAUCUCUACACCCAAUCUAAUCUUCUAGCCUAAUUGGUAGCAUAAACCAGUGCUACCUUGCUGCUACGAGAUGGGGUGUUGUUUAAGCACCACCAGAGACCCUGCUUCAGCUCACACCCCGCCGCCGGAUCCUACCAAGAUCGACAGAUCUCCGCCGCCUGUUGACGAGGAAACCGUCAAAGAAGUUGUCCUGUCCGAGACCCACAUCUCAAAGCCCCUUCCUUUACAAGAUGAGAAGAAGAAUAUCAUUGGCGGUCUAAAGCAAGUUGAUGACUUUCACCAAGUCAAGGUUGAAGUUGACCGGCGUGGCCCGCUUAAAGCGGACGAAGAGAUUGCGGCGUCUGAGCCGUCUGAAAUGUGUAGCUUGACUGAGAGCAUUUCCACGACGGCGACGGAGAAGAGGGACGACGACGGCGAAGUCAACCAGAGGUCCCCUGUUCCGCGACGGAAGCGUCGAACUCCGGGAGAUCUGCCCGGAGGAAGGCAGAGAGGCAGCUUCAAAUCCCCGUCUAAAAGAUCGGCGCCGUCACCGGAGAAGAGGAAUGCUCUGGCGCCUUCAAAAUCAGGUCAGGGCAGAACAUCAACGCCGUCGCGGAAGCGUAACGCGGGCCCUGAAAAGGCUGCGCAACGUGACUCCGGCAACGUGCGCCGGUCAAGAUCUCCCGCGGCUCGCCGGGAGGCUGAUCCCCGCCGUAAUGUAAGCAUCAAAAGUCCCACCGUGAGCGAAGGUGGCCAAUCGCCGGCGAAAAGUGCAGAGAACCAUCGCGAAGAUAAAAAAUUGCAGAAGCCUAACGACGGCGUUUCAGGGGAAACCGGUGAAUCGCUUGAAAACCCUCUUGUUUCAAUGGAAUGCUUUAUAUUCCUAUGAAACUCGUCAAAUCAUGGACCUUGUCGUUUCGGAUGUUUUACUGUUGCAAAUUCAUUAAUUAUGUCUUUAUUACUGUCCAAUACCGUGUGUUUUGGAAGCUGGGAAAAGGCUAAAUUAUAAUGAAUCGUGUAAUUUUCCCAAAUUAUUAUAUUUAUUGAAAUACAAUAGCACUGCUAACUUCUUGCAUAAGAUAGAUCAAUUUCCUUCUA